AUGAAGAAGCGAGGCAUCCGAGUGAAACGAACACGGCUGAGGCGGAAUAAAGUUGACAUUUUUGCAAAGCUAUGUAACAGUCAAGUUCAGACUGCACCAGCGUUACUGCUGCAGCGCGAUAUUGCUGUCGAUAAUGUAAAAAAUCCUGGCAUCAACAUUGAUUAUGAUAUUUGCGGCAGCAAUGCAGUCACCAAAUCAAACAUUCCGCGAUCGCCUAUCAACGAAGCUGCGGAUUUCGUUGCUGUUUCGCUCGCUCUUACGGAGCAGCCUGGCACGAGCAGCCCGUCCGCACUGUCCGCAGUCCACGGCGUAAACGCACCUCAGAGUUUAGGCAUUUUAGGUAAGCUGCCUAGCACGGUUCUAUUGUCAACAGCAUUGGUUGACCUUUAUUACGAAGGCAAUAAAAUUGCUACUAUUCGCUGUAUGAUAGAUGGGGGUUCACAAGCAGCUCUGAUUACAGAAUCGUGUAUGCAACGCCUUAAUUUGCCGCGGCAACAUGUUAGCGAGCCGCUGCUCGGUAUCAGCGACUUGCCGCUGAAACCUAGGGGUACCUUUGUGUGCUCAAUUUCGCCUAAGGGCAAACAAAAUCCUAUUAUUCCAUUAGAGGCGUCUAUUCUGGCGAAGUUAACUCGCCAAAUGCCUAGUGUACCACUAGCACCUCUCGCUGAUUGGCCUCAUUUGCAGGGACUCGAUUUAGCCGACCCUGAAUUUCAUAAACCUCAGCCGGUUGAUAUGAUACUCGGCGAGGACAUUUUCAUGGAUAUUGUUCGCGAUGGCAUUGUCAGGGGUCAACCUGGAACGCCCACCGCAAUAAAUAGUGUGUUUGGUUAUUUGCUAGGAGGUAAAGUGAACUUUACUUCCAAUGUUUCGACUCCACGCCAUACUUGUUUUACGUCGUUCGACAACGACAACCUUCAGAAGUUUUGGGAGCUGGAGUCAAUACCAGAGAUGCGGAGUUACACUCCCGAAGAAAAGCUAUGCGAAUCCUUUUUUCAAAAGACGCAUACGCGCGAUGAAACAGGGCGAUACGUUGUCGCUCUGCCAUUCAAGCCCGAUGCACCGCCGCUCGGUGAGUCUCGGCAAAUUGCUUUAGCACGAUUCCAUAAAUUGGAAUACCGUCUAGAACGUAACCCCCAGUUGAAGGCGGAUUAUCACGCUUGCCUCCAAGAGUACGUGGAUCUUAACCACAUGGAGCUCGCGGACGAUAACCCCCCCGCUGGCGCGAGUUACUACAUACCCCACCAUUCUGUGUCAAAAAUUUCCGAAACUACCCGCACGCGCGUAGUUUACGACGCGGGGUGUCGCACGACAAGUGGACACUCCUUGAACGACACUUUGUUAACGGGUCCUAAGUUACACUUAGACAUCGUUGACGUUCUUCUAAAAUUUCGAGUGCAUAACAUUGCAUUUUGUUCCGACAUCAAACAGAUGUAUCGUAAUAUUCUUGUGCGUGAAAGUGAUAGGGACUUUCAGCGCAUCCUUUGGCGCCAAUCGCCCGAGGAACCUCUGCGCGAUUAUAGGCUUCGUACCGUUACAUUCGGUGUAAGUAGUUCCCCUUAUCUCGCAUUUCGCACAAUAAAACAGCUGGCUGACGACGAAGCUGAGCGUUUCCCGCACGCCUCACCAGUCUUACUAAAUGACGUCUUUGUCGACGAUGUGGUAACCGGUGCAGAUACCACAGCCGAGGCCCUCGCUCUGCAGCAGGAGCUGAUAGGUAUUUGUGCCACGGCCGGGUUCGAAUUACGUAAAUGGCAAAGUAACUCGCCCGCUAUUCUCGCUGCUACGCGAUCCCCAGAUUCUCAUGGUGAGCGGCGCGAAAAUGUUCAUUUUGCCGAAAUGGAAAAUGAUAAAGGGGUCAAAGUCCUUGGACUUCAAUGGAAUCCGGGAUCAGACUCAUUUAGUUUCAAAGUACAGAGUACUUCUCAGGCCAGUACGAAGCGGGCAAUCCUAUCUGAAAUUGCAAAAAUUUACGACCCCCUCGGGUUAUUAUCUCCGGUAACAUUGUUUGCCAAACAUUUAAUUCAAUUGCUAUGGUUAGCAAAGGUUCCGUGGGACUCAGAAAUCCCUAUCGAUAUAGUUAACUCAUGGACGAGUUUUGUUCGCGAGCUCCCGCUCUUAUCUCAAAUUUCAUUUCCGCGUCAUAUUUUUAAUACUGACGACUUCGAUUCAAUCGAAAUUCACGGAUUUGCAGAUGCAAGUCAAAUUGCGUAUGCCGCAUGUGUUUAUAUACGUCUUACGGACAAUACCGGCAAGGUUCAAACUUAUUUAGUUAUAGCUCGGACCCGCGUAGCUCCACUUCGGCUUUGCCUUACUAUCCCGAAAAUGGAAUUAAUGGGAUGCGUGAUCCUGUCAAAAUUGAUAGAACGAGUAAUACGUAUUUACGGUGAUCGCAUUCGCCCCGACCAAGUUUACGCGUGGUCAGAUAGUUCCGUCGCGCUCGCGUGGCUUAAGUCACCCCCGCACGAAUGGAAAACGUUUGUCUCUAACCGCACCAGUGAGAUUUUGUCCCGUGUCCCGGCGAGCUGCUGGCGUCACGUCCCGUCACCUGACAACAGCGCUGACCCGGCGUCGCGCGGUCUGCUGCCCGCCGCACUCGUACAAAAUGACUUGUGGUUCCAUGGUCCUACAUGGCUCCAACUAAGUCACGACUCCUGGCCUAUACAAAAACCGGUAAUAAACACAACGGAGGAAAAACGUAAUAAAAUUGAAUCAACAAAUGUUCAUUGCGCAUGUGUGUCCACACUGCCUACUUCCCCGGACGAUGAUACCCUUAUCACGCGAUUUUCGUCGCUAGAUGGAGCCGUGAAUAUCUCCAUCAACUGCAACAGAGUACAAAGUGGCUUCAAGAUCGCGGUCCCGCCAUCCGUGAAGGCACUGUUGUUGUGGUAUGCGAUGACCACUUGCCGCCGUUACAGUGGAAACUCGCGCGCGUUCAUGCUGUCCAUCCGGGCACUGAUCAGGUUAUUCGCGUCGUAA